AUGGAACCAUGUGAAACAUCAAUGGAUAAAUUUUAUACCACCAUGCAUGCAAUAGAAAAAACACAACAUCUUGAUUUAUUACUUAAACGCAUGAUUAAUCAUAUUGCUGAUGCACUUCUUUUUCUUAAAUCACAAAAUAUUCUUCAUCGAGAUGUUAAACCAUCUAAUAUCUUAUUAAAUCAAAAUCCUAUCAUAUUUAAACUUUGUGAUUUUGGUACAUGUGGUCAAUGGUAUUGUUAUGUGGCGUCUUCAUCAGUGCAACGAUCACUAAAUUAUUUAGAGCCUGAACGAAUGCGUCCAAAUUCAUCAACUCAUGGAUAUAGUAUACGAUCGGAUAUGUGGGCAUUAGGUCUUUCUAUUGUGGAAAUAGCUACAAAUAAACAUCCAUUUUCUACAAUGAGCAUACUUCAACUGAUGAAUGAAAUUAAAACAUGGAUACCUGAGUUACCACCAAAUAUAUCAGCAGAAUUACAAGAACUUGUCUUUUGGUUACUAAAAAUACAACCAGAAGAUCGACCGGAAAGAUAUGAAAACAUUUUGACAUCACCUGCUAUACAAUCAUUACCUACAGAAAUAACUAAGGAAGAAGAAGAAAUGGUAAAAAUUAUUAUUGAACAUAUACCACAAGCAAAUGACGAUUAG